AUGGAGCAAUCUGCGGGUGACGGUUCCUCGCCUUCUUCUUCGGCGGCUCCUCCCCAGAAGAGACUGACGGUGACUCAGCGGGAUCAGAUCGCCGCUGAAGGGCGCGUUUUUGGGAUAUUGCAGUCCCUGGAAGACGCAUCGUUUCAAACGCAGGAAAGCAUGUAAUUUCCGUGCCGACUUCCACGGUUGCUUUGUUUCCGUCGUCUCUUCUCAUCUCUUUUCUGCUGGUUUGGGGGAUCUCGUUGUUUGCAUUAAUUCUCCGGAUUGAAUGUGUAUAGUCGCGCACUUUUUUACAUCCUGCAGCUGAGGGACUUUUAUUUUAAGUUGUUUUGUUUAAUUUCAUGUCUCGGUGUUUUGUGUAGGUUGGAGCUUUGGCGUGACAAGCAUAUCGAGUACUUAACAAGGGGUUUGAGACAGCUGGGGCCAAACUUUCAUGUCCUCGAUGCCAAGCAAGUUCGAAGACUUUCACAUUUUCCAUCGUUGUUUCCUCCAUGCUGACUUGUCUCAUGUCCUUUUCCUCUUCUUUCCCGCGCUUUUUUCCUGUAAUUGGUCGACGGAUCCUUGCUAUGUCUGACUAUUUUUGUACAGCUCGGCGUGGGCCUUUGAAUUAGUUUAUCUCAUAGAAUUUUACUCUUCUUCUGAUUGCUCCAGUCGUCCUUGGUUGUGCUACUGGAUUCUGCACUCACUUGCCUUGUUGGGAGAGUCCGUGGAUUCAGAGAUGGAGAAUAAUGUGGUGGAUUUCCUAUCCCUUUGUCAGGUAUUGAACCUCUCACGUUCAACUCCUCUUCUCAUUUGAUGUCAGCUGCCAGUUCAGUUACAGGUCCAUUGAAUUAGAUUCAAUCAUCAGAUGGCUCUGGUAAUGGUGCUAUUUUACAUGGCGGGGCCUUGAUUUUUGUUCACAAAGGUUUUAUAUGGGGAUUGAUGAAAUGUAACAUUGUCUUAUUCUUAUUGUUUGAUGAAUCAGAAUAAAAUUAAUGGGAAGAAAUAAUAUAACUUUUGGCAUUGUAAUGGAGAUGCUCAUCAUAGUGAAAUGCCGGAAAGUUGCAAUUUAUGAUGAAUUAUUGGGAAACAUAUUGCCUCAUAUCAAGAUGGACGAUCUACAAUGUACCUCAACUCUGACAAACUGUCGAAUCCCUUAAUUGGCAAUGUUAACUAUCGUAACUUUGAUUUUCUUUGCAGGAUAAUGAAGGAGGAUAUGGUGGUGGACCUGGUCAGGUCUGUUUCAUCAAAACUGUGUUGAGCAUUUCCCUCCUUUGUUAGAAAUGCUUCAGCUUUAAGUAUGAGCGCGAAGUAUGAUUGAAGAUGUGAAAUCAGUUCUUUUAUUUUGUUCUCAUCAAGCCUUCAUGAAUGGUUGUUGUGUCAGUUGUCUCAUGUAGCCUCAACAUAUGCCGCUGUAAACUCUCUUAUUACGUUAGGAACAGAGAGGGCCUUGUCAUCAAUAAAUAGGUGGUCAUUUUUACUUUAUUAAUAACCUUUUAUGAGAACAUUCACACACUUUAUGAUUUAUAAAAACUGACCAGAUAAUUUUCCAUAUUUCAGACAUAAAAUUCACUCAUUUUUAUUGCGAAUGAAGGAUGUCUCUGGGGCCUUUAGGUGAGAUUACUUACACUUUGAAGUUCUUCUUGUCUAGUAUACACGUUCAUCAUCUUAGCAUUGUCUUUGAAAGUCAUUCACGUGGCAUGUCUUUUUCUAAGAGAUCAGUCUAGGAAAGGGAUUCAAUUAUAUGAAAGUCUUAUGUGAUUUAGGGAUUUCACUGUCUACCUAUUUCUUCCUUUCACAGCUUAGGAUAACGUUUUUAAUGAUAGGCAUUAUUGGCCAUAAUUAAUCUUAUGUAGAAGAUCUAUAUGUUAUACUAUUCAGAAACUUAUUGUAUUUGGGACACAAACCUUGAAUGGUUUGUUUUAAUAUGCCCGAACCAUGUACUUAAAGACUUUUUUUCUUGAUAAAGUUUUAAUUUUUGCAUCACAUUAUCAAAUUUGACAGAGAAAAGUUAUUAGAUUUUGGUUAACUCAGGACGUUAUGAUGGGAUGAUGAAGUUUACAUUUGUUCUGUGUAUUUGUGUCACUGACGAUAAUGGUUGUUGAUUUUUAAAUGAAGUUAGUUCAAUAGAAUAGGAUUCUAGUUGUUUAGAACCUAGUGGACAAUAUGCCAUUACAUCACCACAUCAUUUCAUGCAAUUGAAUUAAUGCUUUUGGUUCCUUUGUGGCUCAUUCCCAAAUGGAGAAGUUGCAAUGAUUAACUGAAUUGACGAAGAAACAUCUUUCGAUAACCCUUCAAUCUUCUCUGUGUUACAUUUCCAUUCUCCCACUAUAACUAUAGUCUAUCUUCUCUGGGUCAUUUGUCAUCAUCCGGAUGUGAGACGGCUCUGUUUUCGCUAUUGCAACCCUGCAUCAUCUGCUUCAAAAAAAAGCAAAUGCCUACAUUUUCCUACGCUUGAUAUAUUUACAGAGCACCACUGAAACACAACCUCAGCAUCUUACCCUUAGAAGAAGCCUUAGAUGGCUAAUUAGAAUGAACUUGCCCACCUAAGAUUUUUUGUGUGAAAAUUGAAUGCCUACACCCUUUAUUUGAUCCUUGUUUUAUUCUCAAGAAGAGAAUGUCCCGUACUUCUGGUCUUACAGCUAAUUGAGCUGUGGUGCUGUCAGGUACAUGGCCCUUCCAAGAUACACGUCUGAUUUUACCUCUCUUGUGCAGUGAUAUGGCUACGCAUUGGCCUAUUUUCUUUAUAUAAAUUGCCACUCGGAACUUAACUAUACCAGAUUCUGGGCUCAUUCAUUUCCUGCUUUACAACUGCUUUCAGAAUGAUUAAUUAUUGCUAACCUUGGUGGUUCCACACCAACUCAAAACCCAGUGGCAAUGAGUGAACUAGCUUCAUCUUUAUUAUUAACUUGUAGUCAUCGAAGUGUGACCAUUCUUAACAUUCCCAUCGUGUUAGACCCAAUUUUCUGUCAUUGUCAUGUAUAUACUGUAGACGAGUUGCACGCGGUCUAAGAGCAAUCCAUGAGUUUGUUAAGGUAAUCUAGUUAUCUAAUUCAAAGCGAUUGGGAAUGAAGGAAAUACCCUCAUUUUUAUAAUCAUAUAUUUGGUGUUAUCGUACUCAAUACGGGAUCAUUCUUAGCAAUUAAUUGAGAAUGCUCUUGAUCCUAUUCAGCGAUCUUUUACAUUUUUCUCCUCACAUGCUGAAUAUGGCUAUUAUGGAUACCUUAAAUUUAUUCGCUUGCUCUGAAUGCAUCAUUCACUGUAAUAUUAAAAUCUUAGAGAUACGAGCUUGAUUUAUACAAUUUUUAUCCAUUGGCCUUUUGAAAACGUACUCACUAGAUAUGCAUUCUCAUCUAAUAACGAGUCUUGCUUUAUUUUCACUAGAAUGCAUGAUGGAGGAGAAAUUGAUGUCCGGGCUUGCUAUACAGCAAUUUCUGUGAGUCAUUUCUUUUGCUAAUCUUUGUCAUUGUUUCAGAGGUUUCCUUAUCUACAUUUAUAGCCUGUUUUCAAAUGUAUUAUUCCUAUUGUUGUUUAUACCUAUCCUUUGGGCUGAUGUAUCUUUAGUCGCAAGUAUCUGUUUUGGACAUUGCUCUUCAAUAUUAUGCAGAAUACACUGGGCUCGGGACUGUAACUCUCAACGUUAUGUGCUAAUAGCUGACCAGCCAUUAAGUUAUUUUUGUCCUUGUCAUGUGAUGGAAAAUUAUUUUCUCUUCUUUACAAAUGGUUCUAGGUUAAAAAUUUCCAUCGUAAUAUGACAAUUUUUCGAGGGCCUAAUUUUCCGUUUCUUUGCAUCUGUAUUUUCUUUCUUGAACAAGCUAUUUGCUUGUGUAUAAGGCAAUUAGAAAGCAAUAUCAAAUGAUACAGUUUGAAUUGGGAUUUUCUUGGAAAAUUAGCAUCGUCUGGUCGUUAGUGGUGUGGAUUUCAGAAUGAAAAAACAUAGGCUCAUCAAAUUACAGUUUUCUCAGACAUUUCCAACGUAGGACAUUAAGUUGCAAGAUGCUGACAACAUUUAAUCUGGUACAUUUUCAGGCAUCUCCGGCAAAAAGAUUCGUUAUAUCCACACAAAAUCUCUUAAAAAAAGUUCAACCCACCCAUUACACAGAAUGAAUGAGGUUUCCAAUGUGGCGUCUUCUGCUGGAGUUUUUUCUUAAUGUUUAAUUUCUGUUUCUAGCCGGUUAAAUGACAUCUUUGACGUCUAAAUGAGCUCCUCACCAUGCGUAUCUGACCUGUUAUAUCAGGUCAAUAGGAGGGACAAUAAUGUUGGCCUCACAAUUUCCAUAACUGGUCCGUCUAUCCUCCCAUGUUUGAUCCUCUAAUGCUAAUGUUGUCAAGUCACUUGAAAUGCAAUUUUAUGAAUGGAUGUUUACAAAGGAAUCCAUCUUUCUUCUUCCUGGUGUAUAGAUUAUUGGAUAUGAUAGGUGCUGAAUGUUUCGUUGAAAUCAUGAACCUGACUGUUGAUGAAAUAAUUCUCACUGGGUUUUUCGUUUUAGAGGCUUGCUUGUAAGAAAAAAAGUUCGGACCAAUGGGUUCUCCUACCCCAAUCUUUUGGGAUCAAGUGAUGGUAAUCAAUAAUUUAUUAUUAGGAAGAGUUACACCCACCCUCUGAUUCGAUCCCUGCAUAUCUGAUUAAUGGAGAGGGAGAAGGAGCCUUGUGAAAUGAAUGGACUUUUAAUAGAUUGAGCUUUUCAUUCCGUUCCCCUAGCUUUAUGUGGACCUAUACAUGUCUAAGUCCUUGAUAUCUGAUCUAAAGCUAGUACCUAACUGACUAAAAUUUGGCUGGUUGUAGAAUAACCUGAGAUUAGUAUCUGCAGGACAGACAGACCAAGGAACAGGAAAGCCUGCAACGGACUGGUAGAAAAUUGAAUGAUAGACUGAAAUAGAUGCCCAGCAACUGAGUUAAUCCACUCUGAAGCUAAGACAUACUGGUAAAUAGGGAUCCAUGUAUUCAACUUUUUUUGAAUGGAUGGCUUUAGUUCCUAUUAAACAGAUAUUUAUGCUGUUAAUUGUUCCGAGAUAUAGUGGAAGUAGGAAAGGGAAAACUGACUUAGCCCUUGUCAGGCAGUACACCAGUAUUUAUAUUGGCGUCUAAUAAACCUUUCCGGUAUUAUGGAAAGGACUAAUAACAGAAAUAUGAAAAAGGAAAUACAUCUAAUAAUAGGACAGAAAGGAAAAUAGAAAGAAGGCCUAAUAUAGAAAAACUUGUUCUGCGUAACACUCCCUCUCAAGUUGGUGCGUUGAUAUCAUUCAUGCCCAGCUUGCUCCUUUGUUUGUAAAACUCUGUUGCAGAAAUUCCCUUAGUUAAUAUAUCAGCCAACUGAUUUGUACAUGAGACAUACUCUGUGCAAAACAUCCUCGAUUCAAGUUUCUGUUUAAUAAAAUGUCUCUUCUACUUCAAUGUGUAUGGUCUUGUUAUGCUGAACAGGAACAUGUGUAAUACAUAUUGUGGACUGAUUGUCACAGAACAAAGUAAUCAAACCUUCCAUAGGUAUUUUUAAGUCAUUUAGUAUAUUUUUUAUCCAAAUGCCUUCACAAAUCCCAAGGGCCAUAGCCUUAAAUUCUGCUUCAGCACUUGAUCAAGCCACAACUCUCUAUUUUUGGCUUUGCCAAGUGAUCAAAUUUCCUCCAAUGAGACAACAAUACCUAGUAGUAGAGCGCCUAUCAUCAACUGAACCAGCAUAAUCAGCAUCGGUAUAGAUGCCUACUGUAAGAGAAUCUCCCCUUUUAAAUAGGAUUCCCAUGCCAAUUGUUUCUUUAAGAUAGACUAGGACUCAUUGAGCAGCUUGAUGAUGUACCUCCCAAAGGUCAUGCAUAUAUUAGCUUAGCACCUCAACUAAGUAAGCAAUAUCCGGUCUAGUAUGGGAUAGAUAAAUUAAUUUUCCCAUGAGCCGUUGAGUAUAUUAGCUUCAAUUGGUGUACACACUAGUUUACAGUUACUCAUGCUUGUAUAUUUGAGUAAAUCUGUAAUAUACUUUUUUUGAGAUAGGAAUAAAUUUCCACGAGAGUAGGCUACCUCAAUUUCCAAGAAGUAUUUUAAUUGUCUGAACACUUUGAUAUCAAAACAGCCGUCCGUUGUUUUUGAAGAGAAGUGAUUUCUUGCAUAUCAUCUCCUGUGCCAAUCAUGUCAUCGACAUAUACUAGUAUGAUCAUCAUUUUUCCUGAACUCGAUUGUUUACAAAAUAAGGUAUGAUCUCUAUUAGCUUGCUUGAAUCCCAAAGCUCAUGUUGUUUUAGUUAAGUGGCCAAACCAAGCUCUUGGUGACUAUUUUAAGCCAUAUGAUGCCUUCUUAAAUCUGCAUUCUUUUAGAAUAUCAUUUGGGUCUUUGUACCCUGGUGAAAGCUCCAUAUAUAUAUUUCUUCUGAGAUUUUUCUAUGCAAGAAUGCAUUUUUCACAUCAAAUUGUAAUAAAGAUCAUCUAUAAUGCACAGCCAAGGAUAUUAAUAUCCAAACUGUUCGCAUGUUCACAACUGGAGCAAAGGUCUCUAUGUAAUUAAUCUCAUAACAUUGGGUAAAGCCUUUUGCCACCAGUCGAGUUUUAAAACGCUCAUCAGUCCCAUCAGAUUUAUACUUAAUAGUGUAUAAUCAUCUACAACCCACGGUUUUCUUCCAUUUAAGAAGUAGCAUAAGUUCCCAAGUUUGAUUAUUUUGUAGAGCUAACAUCUCCUCUUCCAUUGCUUUUUUUCAUGGAGGGCUUCUUAAAGCUUCAUCAGUGUUUUGAGGAGUAUUGUGUUUAUCAAGUGUUGACAGAAAUUACCUAUAUUGUGGAGAUAGGUGAUGAUAAGAUACAUAAUUGCAAGAUGGAUAUACCUUUUUCUUUGUACAUUCUCUUAUUCCUUUGUGAAGAGCAAUAGGGCAAAUUUUAUCUCCUUGAGUAAUAAGAAGGUUCUGUUGAUCAAUCAGUGAAUUGUCAUAUUCAAUAAUAGAAUCAUGGACAUCUGUUGCGUCAAGUAGAUCUUGUUCAUGGGUAUCUGCUGCGUCAGGAUGUUCAUAGGCAUCUGUUGCAUCAGGCAGAUCCUAUUCAUUGGUAUCUCUGAUUAUCUUUGGCUUUCUUUGAUAAUAAUUUUGACCAAAUCGAUUUGGUGGAGGUGGAGUUGGAAAAUUUACUGGUAUCAUUUUAAGAACUUCAUUCUCAUUGAGAAUCUCAAUGUGUAAAUCAUGUUUUUCUAGCACAGGAAUAGCAUAGCUAGAUACUUGAGUCGUUAUCUACUGGAAAUAUAUGCUACUUUCAUCAAAUGUGACAUUAAUUGUCACAAUAAAUUUUUGAUAUCUUGGGUUAUAAAAUUUAUAUCCUUUUUGUGUAUUGGAAUAGCCCACAAAGACUACCUUUAUGGCUCUAGGGGUAAAUUUAGACAGUCCAUUUUGCGAUUGAUGGAUAUAUGUAACACUCCCAAAUACUCGAAGAGGUAAAUCUGGUCCAUAUUGCACAGUAAGAUAAUGACCCUGUAAUAAGGCUUUGCGAGUCUUAAAUAAUAAUGCUUCUAAUGGGAGACGAUUAACAAGAUGAGUGACCGUUAGUACUGCCUCACUCCAUAAGUACUUCGGCACUUGGGCUUUAAACAUGACAUCCCUUGUAAUUUCCAGCAGUUGCCUAAUUUUUCUUUCAGCUACCCCAUUUUACUGGGGUGUAUAGGGGCAAGAAAAUUCAUGAACAAUGCCCUCCUUUACAAAGAAAUUGGAGAUAAUAGAAUUGGAAAAAACCUUAGCAUUGUUUGAUUGGAAUUUCUUAGGAGUUAUACUAAACUGAUUUUGAAUUAGCUUGAUAAACCUCUGAAUGACACUAUUGGCUUGUGAUUUUAUUUUCAUUAGGUAAAUCCAUGUGAACCUAGUACAAUCAUCCACAAAAACCAUCUGAAGUCCCUAACACCACUGGAUGAAGGACCCCAUAUAUCAGAAUGUAUUAUGUAAAAAGGGGAUUCACUUUUAUUUCUAGUAGAAGGAAAUGAAAUUCGUUGCUGCUUAGGUAUUUGAUAGGGUUCACAUAUGAAAGUAGAUACACCAAUUGUAUGACAUAGUUUUGGAAAUAAAUAUCGAAGUACUUUUAUGGAUGGAUGUCCUAAACGACAAUGCAACAACAACAAUUUGUUCAAGGGAGAAGUAGAAGCAAAAGUGGAAAUGUUUGGACUGAAAUUCGUCAAUAAUGUCUUGUCCAUACAUCCUAUGCAGUAGAGUCCAUCCCAUGCUCUAACAUGUCUAAUCCUCUUGCCCAAGGUCUUAUCAUAGAAGAAACUGAAAUCGUCGUCAAAUAAUAUCAGACAAUUCAAGUCUUUACCUAAUUUUUUCAAUGACAAUCGAUGUGCAUUCAACCUUGGAACAUGAAGAAUAUAUCUUAAUGACCCUAAUUUUUCAAGAUAAAUUGAUCCAAUGCUAGCUACAGGUAACAAUCCCCACUUAUAGUAGUCACCUUCUGAUUAUUGGUACAUACCUCAUAUGUUAUGAAUAGUGAUGCAUAUGGUGUUAUAUGAUCAGUAGCUCCAAAAUCAAUGAUCCAGGAUACUUUUUGGGGUGAAGGUGAUGCCAAUGAUGAGGUAUUUAAGCAUAAUGAAAAACGUUUAGGAAAAUACUUACUAGCAUAUGUGAGGGAAGUGGAGCUGAUCAUUCUCCUUGGCUGUUCAAUUUCUUCUCUGAGUUUUUUAAUCUUUGAAAGGCUGAGAGAAAGUAGAUCCAUCUUGACUAACUCCUUGAAUCAUGGGCUCAAUAUCAUCUUCAUUUUGAGCAUUAGCCAAAUGCAACUUACCAUAAUUUGGUGGUUUGCCAUGGGUCUUCCAGCAUGCCUCCUUAGUGUGAUGAUUUUUCCAACUAUAAGUUGAAAAUAAGUGUGCUUUCGGGUCAGUCUUAGGAUCUCCUUUGAAGAAUGAUACUUUAUUAUCCCCCUUUUUUAAUACAUAGAUAUUUUUACCCUUGAGAGUGCUGAAUGCAACAUUUUCUGUCUUUAAAUUAUUUCUCAAAUUUCUAGUAUUUUCUUCUUAUCUGGCUAAUGCAAUUACCUCUUCAAUAUUUGGUACUACUUCCUGAGCAAGGAUCUGAUUUACUAGAGUCUCAUUUUCUAGAUUUAGCCCCAUUAGAAAUUUAUACAGUCUGUCUUUCAUGAUAUAAUUUCGUUCUUCAAUAUCAGGGUUCUUGAUUGGUCUGUAGUGGUCAAUUUCUCUUCAGAUGGAUCCAAUUCGUAAGCAUAUUCCAGAACAAUCAAUGUUCCUUAUACUAAAGUCAGAGAUUUCUGUACCAAUCUAUAAAUAUGGGAUUCGUCAUGUUUAGUAGAGUGAACAUGAUGAACCUUGUCCCAUAAUUCCUUUACAGAUUUCAAAAAAAGAAAUCUAUUACUUAUCUUUGGUGAAAUAUUGUCUAGCAUCCAAUAUUGAAUCAGUGCUUCUUCUUUUUUCCACUGAGAAUAUCCUAAGUUGUCAAUACUUGACAAGGAUUACGUCAGGUGAGAUCCAGAUUCCUCUCACGUAGAAUAAGUGUCACAUAUGAUGUCCAUUGGAACAAAUUGAUUCCGUCAAAUCGGAAUCUCUCAGUAAUUUUAGGGUGAUCUGAACAUACCUUAAUUACUUCAAAUGAAUGUCUUGGGUCAAAGGAUGAUGAUUCACUGACCUUUGUCUCCAUGUUCUUCAGCCGUGACCAGAUAGCCAAAAAAAUCUCAAAUAGAGAUUCCCUGAUGUGGUCCGAAUAAUAGUUUCUGUUCAAAAAACUGAGAAUAACUGCCACUGUCCAAGGAAUCCACCGGUCUGCUUAUGACCAAGAAACCUAACGAUUUCAAGUACUGCAGGCAGGAAGAAGAUAACCAGGUGACACUCCCUACAAUGUGGAGUUGUCGUCACCACCAAGGUUGGUUGAUCUUCUGUCGGCUGUCUUCAAACAGGAUCAGAGAGAAAGCUCUGAUACCAUGUUACGAGAUACAGCAGAAGCAGGAAAGUGAAAACUGACUUAGCCCUUCUCAGGGCAGUAUGCCAGUAUUUAUAUUGGCAUCUUAUAAACCUUUCUGGUAUUACAGAAAGGUCUAGUAACAGAAACAUGAAAAAGAAAAUAAAUCUAAUAAUAGGGCAGAAAGGAAAAUAGAAGGAAAGCCUAAUAUGGAAAAACUUGUUCUGCAUAACAUUAAUAAAAGCUAAUAUUUGGGUAUCUUCAAAUAUUGUUUGCUGGUUUGUGAUUGCUGUUGAUUUCAUAUAUUCCAUUCAUUUGGGAGAAUCUAGACAUUCUGUUUUCAUUUCGUGAUCCAUUUGCUGCUUCGUAUAACCUCUAUGGUCCUGCUUCGUUUUUCAUCUAGGUUGCUAGUUGCUUGAACAUUUUAGACCAGAAACUCGUGGAGGAUGUUGGGAAUUACAUUUUAAGGUUCGUUGCAUUGUUUUCAUUAAUAAUGAUUUCGCAGAUGAAACAUGCAGAUUUUGCGAUAUGUAUUUUCUGUUUGCGUCAUUUUUCACUUAGCUAGAAAUAAGGCAAUCAAAAUGCAUAAUCAAUGCUUGGCGUUCAAUUAGACUCCCUGACUCCUAUACUUUUUUGCUAUUUUUAUGGGUUGAUAAAAAAAAUUUAUGACAAUGCAAGUGGCUACGAUAUCCAAGUUCCCAUGGGAGGCUCUGGUUUUUUCUUCAUGGUAACGCUGUGAUGGUGAAAUUUGGAACUCCUACAUAUAACAUACACAAUCAUGGAGCAUACACGCUCCAAACUACACACAUCCAUGGAGCUGCUGUAUUCCGCCUCGAAUUUCUCUAUCAUCAACAAACGUUGGUCAACUGAAGUACAAUCCCAAUAAAUUUUAUGGGUAACAUGCAUAUUUCUGUGUCAGUAUUUACCCUUGUUGGGUGAUAGUCUUGCUGUGAUUUCUUUCUUACAUAUAGUAUUUUCUUUCUUCGACCUUGAUAUACAGAGCAGACUCUUUUAUAAGGCCUGGAGAAUUUCAGAAUUGUGUCUUCUUAGUAAUGGCUCUAAAUCUAAAGAGAUGGUUACAGUUUCUCAAUCUUUGCUGUUAUUUUCUUUAUUUAGUGUUAAAUUGUGUUAACACUUUCUGUGUCGAUUUUUUAGCUGUCAGACGUAUGAAGGUGGUAUUGCUGGGGAGCCUGGUUCUGAAGCUCAUGGUGGGUAUGUUUUUGUUCUGCAAUAGGUCCUUCAGCUUGACUUACUUUUAUUAGUAUGAUUGUGCUCUCUUUUAAAUCCCUUUCUUUGCAAAGCAUUGUGCUGUAAAAGGUUAGAUUCUCGAUUUUUUUUCAUAUUUUCCUCUCUAUCUGGUCCUGUCUUGUUGUGUCAUUCUCCUUAUCUGUAGGUACACGUUUUGUGGAUUGGCUUCUAUGGUUCUUAUUGGCGAGGAGGAUAAGUUGGAUCUACCUACCCUUAUUGUGAGCAGAUUUUUAAUCUACUUGAAUGUUGGAAGAAAUAUUGGAUAGAAGUUUCUUUUCUUCAGUUAUUUGCCCUGGUAUAUGCUGGACAUUCUUCAACUUAGAUGACAAUGAAGUUGUGCUAGUGCCAUAUGCUGUUGCUAACUGGUGGUUAUGACAAUGAGUACCUGAAAGCAUGUCGUCCGUAAAAUCUCACUCUGCCCCCUAGAAUGACAUUCUAUUCGUAAUUCUGCUUAGUAGCUGCAUAUUAAGGCAUACUAAAUCAAGUUAUGAUGUAAAGGGAGUUUAAUGUUUAAUAUUUUUCCUUUUCAUUUACAUUCAAAAGGUUUGUUACUUCGUUCAGGAAUAUGUGGGCUAUUGAAAAGUUCCUGCAUGUGAAAAAAAGACCGCCAUCUUCAUCACAUAUUUGGUGUUGAACUUCCAUGAAAUAUCACACUGACAAAUGAGAGUGCUCUGGAUGUUUUUUUUGAGAUGGUGUGGGAAUGUGGAAAGAAGAAUGUUGGGUGAGCAUUUGAGAAACCUUCAUUUUUGUGAGAGCAUUCGAAAUGGAACAGAAAGGACGUUUAAAAUUUGAAUGUUGAUGGCAAAAAGACAUGAAAACCUUCAAUGUUGAUGGACAUUGAAUAUCUAUGUUAUCUGUGACUGGGCAGGAUGACCAAAUAAUGUUCGUCUUCAUCUCUAACUAGAGGGACUUGGAUAAUGCAUAGAAAACCUUGAAUCUGCUUACAUAGAAGUUGGUAACUUAGCUUAGGAGCUGUGUAGACUAUGUAAACACUACUUGAGAGCAAUAUGCUCAAUUUUUUAAUUUCCCUCUGAUCCUUGUUAAAGGUAGGGUGAGAGGUGAAAUUGAAGAGUAGGGGGCCGAGGCAACCAACUGGAUCUCUCUCAAUCCCAUCAUUACCGCUCCUUCUCUGCAGCUUCAUGCUUUAUUUUCGUUGACUGAUUGAUGUCUAUGAUUUUGCCGCUGUUGAUUCUUCCUUUGGCAAAUUGAUGGGUUUGCCUUCAGUCUACCAUGACCAGUUGACAUUAUAAAUUAUGAGCUGCAAGUUGAUGAUUAUAACUCGUCACCUUUCACUCCUAGGCCCUUGUCAUGAGAUGUUCCUUCCUCAUCCUUUUCAUUUCUUCUUUGCCUUGACACAAUUCUCUCAGCAUCUGAAAUAGGACAGUGGUAAACAUGUGGAAAAGUAUGUUUUCCUCGGUACCAUGUCUCAUUGGUUUCUGUUUCUAUUUUUGUCAAUAUUGUUUAUUUGGACAUCCCUAUUUUUCUAGAAGGUAUCUUGCACUCUCUCAGAAAAAGCAACAAUCUUAACCUUGAGCAGCAACUCUCAAAAUUAUUGUUUCCUUCAAAAUUUUCCUCUUCAAACACUUAUUUCUUAUUUUCAGCUUUUGAAGUAUUUUAAGUUAUGCCCGUCUUAAUAAAAGGGUCAGUUGUCAUUAGGAUUUUUGUUAGCUUUCCUUUUUUAACUUACCUUUCUAAGCACUAGUUAAUAUCAUAUGAUGAAGACCAAAUGCAGUACUAGUUCUCAAUAUCGGUGAAUCAUUUCCCUUCUGUAACGACCUCUGUUGCUUUGAAACAUUUUGUCGUUCUACUUUCCAAAUAGGGUUGGCAUACUCGCUUGUAGUUUCGUCAGGUUUAACUGCUUUAAUUUUCCAAUGAUGAUUUUUUUUUUUCUUGUCUUUUAUCUAUUUUCACCAUAAAAUAUGAAAGAAAUGAGUAAAUCUUCCUCCACGGGAAAUUUUGGUCUCUUUCUCAGUUCUCAGGAUGAGGCUGAUGAAAUGAUUUGCGUCUUGUUGUGGCUCUCUUUCAUUAAUGAACUCCCGAACAUCUCAAGUGAAAGAGCAUUUUACCAAUAGAUGUACUUAUCGAUGCACAUAAGCUUGAACUCUGCAAGCAAUAGAGAUAUGAUGUUUCAGAAAGAACAGGUUUGUGAGGUAUGUACAUCAAGCCUGGAGUCAUCGGUCUUUGAACAGUGAAUUAAGCCCAACAUUGAUCUCGUAUGGAACCGAUGCGGAAGCCAUUAACUUCUCUGGAGGAUCAUCACUUUUUCCCAUUCUAGGAAAACUGAAAAUUUUUCCACAUAGAUUCUUUUAACAAGCUACGAUAAUCAUCUCAGUGACUCUGUCUAUCUGAUUUUUUGUACAAACUGUUUAUGUGAUACUCAUAUUCUAGGUGUGUGACUAUGAUGGGCAUCAAUCUGACCACUAGCUUGAAACCUUGUUCACAGCUGGCAUAAUGGGUGUCUGUUGAUUUAUGUGAGCAGAGUUUUUGGCUUGAAGAACAGUUAGUAAUUUUAUACUUAUGCUUUCCGGGUAUAAAAGGAGAUAAGUUGAUGACAGUCAAAAGAUGGGCGCCGAAUUCCUAUUCAAUAAGGGGCCUGAUUUCAGGUGAAGAACACAAUAUUGCUGCUUUCCCUUUUCUAAAAUGUUGGGUUUAGGACCCUGGUUGCAUUAGGGUUUAGAGUGGAGUAAAGAUUUAGAGCUGCCUUUCAGUAGAAUUAGAUAUUAAACUUCAAAUUUUAUUCCCGCUGAUAUUAUAAAUUGGACCCAAUUAGGCUUACGCAUUGGAUAGUGGAACAUAAUUGAGUUGGAUGCAUUUCUAGGAUUUUUUAGCUCUUUUCAAACGUCGUGAAGCUUCUUCGUAGCUUCUUUCUUCUCUCUUUCCUUUAUUUGUGUUGAGCGGUGGAGGAUGCACCUGUUGACAGACGCGUAUUUGACCCUUCUUUCCAUAUAGGAAACGACCACACAAUUGCUAUUUCAGCUAAGCAAUAACUGGUGCAGCAUCGCUGCUACAACAUAACCAUUGUUAACAAUCCAUUGCAUGAAGUCCAAGAGAGAAAAAAAGAAGGGAAGAGACAAUGUCAGAUCUUUCAUAUGAAGCUGAUGGAAGAGGGGUACACGGUUGAGUUUUACUGUUUAUACAGACGUCAUUGUCACAGACAUUUUUGAGUUGCUCUGGGAUUGCAGAACCCACUGAUGUCAUGCCAAGUUCCUACUAUCACUAUAAAUACUGUAUGUAGGGAUAUUAACAGUGCAUUCUGUUGGAAGAGGGGUAAGAGAAUCGAUCGAGUCUUAAAAUUGAGUGGAAUGAGAGUGAUAGUGAUAUUUUUCAGUAUCAAUAAUUAAAGCUUCUAUGCAUAUAGUCUCACAUGAUUCGUCCUAAGCUACUUGUGUAUCUGUGUAGGACUGGGUGGUUUUCCGUCAGGGAGUGGAAUGUGGAUUCCAAGGCCGGACAAAUAAACUUGUUGAUGGCUGCUAUUCUUUCUGGCAGGUGCUAGUCUUUUGAAUCGUACUUUAUUUAUUGGUUCACUCAUGCGAUCAUGGAUUUAACAUAGAAUUUUACCAGGGAGGUGCUCUUGCAGUUGCACAAAGGUUAUUGUCAUUUGUGGAUGAACAGUUGAAGUCAUCCUUUCUUGAAGGAAAGCAAGUCGCGAAAGGCAUAUGCAGUACUUCAUCUUCCUACCCGUCAGAAGGGGAUUCUGAUCUGGAUGAACAUCGAGGUGGAGAUCAUGAAACCAGUAGCAAAAAUAUUGAGGGUAGGUUCAGAAUAUAACUCAAUUUGAAGCAAUAAUACCCUUUACAAAAGUACAUUAAAGACCUCAGUGAGCUACUUAUGGAUUCGAUUAAAAAGGGCAAGGGGUGUUAUUUUAUGGUGCGCAUUUUCAUCUGACUGAUGUCUUAUGAACACAGGUGAAUUUUCAAAUAUUGGUUCUUAUUUCCUUGAGAGAGAAAGUGGAUGUGGUUCUCUAUUCCAUAGUGCUGCUUUACAGCAGUACGUCCUCCUGUGCUGUCAGGUACUCUUUUGAUCGGGAGAUACCGCUGUUCCUCAGAAACAUACAUUGAAAACUUUUCCGUCUUACCUGCUCCCUGUAUAAAUAUACUUACAUUGACAUGGUCUCAUCACCUGUGCUGAUAUGUUUUCCUGUCGUCUAUAAGAGCAGGGUUUACGGUUAUACUUGUUGUCAUAUUGUGAUCACUGGAAUCUUCAGUUUUUUUAAUUCGUUAACUUCAGAGUAUUAUCUAUCUGAAUGCUAUUUGGUACGAUAUUCUGAGAUCAUAUCUUUGGUCUUUCAUCAAGCACAAUUUCUUGGAAAGCUGAAAUAAAAAGAAGGCAUUCAGAACUAUGGCUUAAUCUCUCAUCUGCAUCAAUUCCCUUUUAUGGCCCCUCGAAAUCCUUCUCAUCAUGCGUGCAAUCUGGUGCUGAUGCUGUCGUCUGUAGAACUUCGGGUUCUAUCUAUUCGGAUCACGUUAUGACAAAAGAAUGCAAGAACUUUAUUCUUUCACCAAUCUGGAAACUUGUUAGGCGGGGGCUUAUCUUCUUCAGAAAAUACAAAACAAACUUUGGAUCUGCCCGGAUGGGCAUAUUUUUAAAGAACCUCAUGAGUUACAGCAUCACAUAGUCGUUCAACUUUGAUGUUUAAUGGGCUGCAUGUAUUUGGUAUGAAGCUGCAUUUUGAUCUUACAGAUCACUUCCCUUUCUUGAAAGAAACCCACCACCUGUUAUCGCCCCAAUGAACAUCACCAGCUGGUCACAUCACAACAAAUAGCGAUGAAGGCCCUUUCAUUUCAUGUUUAAUAUAUAUGUCUGUGAGGCCAAAAUGAUGCUUUUACUGUUAUAUGGUUUCCGUUGAUUAGUUGAUAACAUCCCUUGUCUGCUCUAAAUAAUUAAGAUUUGGAUUGACACAGGUUCUCGAGGGGGGUUUCAGAGACAAGCCAGGCAAGCCGAGAGACCACUACCACUCAUGCUACUGUCUGAGCGGCCUAUCAUUAUGUCAAUACAGCUGGUCCAAGAAUGUGAACGGCCCUGCUUUGCCAAAGACCGUGCUGGGUCCAUACGCUAAUCUGCUGGAGCCUGUUCACCCCCUCCACAAUGUCGUUUUGGACAAGUACUACAAAGUCCACGAGUUCUUCUCCAAAUCAUGA